AUGGGUCUGCUGUGUGGACAGAAGGAGGACCAGCAGAGGCUGUCGGGUUGUGUGGGGGUGAUGGGUCUGCUGUGUGAUCUCAAUGAGUGCGAGGUGGAACCACAGGUUUGUGGCAGUAACAACAUUUGCUGCAACACCAUCGGGAGCUUCAACUGCCGGUGUCAACCUGGGUUCAGAUCCACAACUGUCAACUUUACUGCUCUCACUGGGGAGUGUAAGGACGAGGAUGAGUGUAAGGAGCAGACUGCUGAUUGCCCCAACAACUCAUUCUGUGUGAACAACCCAGGAUCUUACGACUGCAUCUGUCUGUCUGGGUACACACUAACAGAGAGCAAGAGGGGGUGUAAAGACAUCAAUGAGUGUAGCGACUGCCCCUGUACUUCCGAAAACAGCAAAAGAGGAGAUGGGGAUUGUAACGAUGAGUGUAAUGUAACUGCUGGUAUCUGUGGAGAGGGAGGGACCUGUCAGAACAUGGAAGGAAGCUACAGUUGCCUCUGUCUCCCAGGAUACAGUAACUAUGGGAACAAACAGGCUAGGUGCUCAGUACUGACCUGUGACCAGUUCAAAGCGGAUGAGACUCCUGGACAGGCUGUCCCAGGUUUAGCUGGUCUCCUGUCUUUGAUGAGGAACAGCUGUCUGGUGUUGAGUAACUCUGGGGACUCAGGCGGAGGGAAACUAACUGGAGAGGUGUUACUGGAGAAUGUCUUCACGGAGAUAAACAGUUUCCUGUCUCAAGGUAUCCUCAGCAACAGCCGGGAGGUGAGUGGGUUGCUAGGCGCUGUGGAGGACGCCAUGAAGCUCAUCGGGCCACAGCUCAGAGACAACCACACCACCAUGGAGACAGACCACACAGAGGCAGAGCUUGCAGUGAGGAGGGGACAGACUCUGCCCACUGGGCCAAUCAACCUGGCCAAUGACAACGCUCGACUGGACACCAGCUGGGAGACAGCCACCGGCAACGGGACGUACCCAGGUAGGAUACUCUUCAUCAUCAUCCUCAUCAUCAUUUCUAUAACUAAGUACUCUAACUUUUAG